CUGGCAGGAGGACGCCGCUAGAUUCUGCUGUUGUUGUUGCCGUCGGCAUGCUUCUAGAGUACGAACUGGACCUCCAGUAAUGUCAUUCCGCUGCACGGGAUGGAUGCUGUGUGCUAGAAGUUCAGUCUUGAUCUUGGCGCGUCGCGAUUCGGACGUUUCACUCGCUGGGUGUUUGGAUGCCGCAAACCUGUGAUAGUAUUGUGACGAAUGAGGGCCUGAUUGAGUGAUUGGAUAAUUCUUCUCUCGAGACGAAUAGCUUAAGGAGGUUGUUUCGGAGCAUUAUAAAAAAGUAGAAAAGUUUCAGAUUGAUUGAAACCAGGAAGCGAAUUUUAAUCUGUGUCUAUUGAGGGGCGCACUGUACAUGUGAUUAAAAUUUUAGCAGAAUACUAUAAAUGUAACUACGAGUAACUAGUAUAUUACCUGCUGUGCAUUGUGUUUGUGAUAAAUAGGUAUGUCAAAAAUAGUGGUAGUACAACAUGGGGAGAAAUAUUCUAGUGCUUUUGGUAAAGGUUACUAAAUAGAUUAACUAGUAAAUAUAUAUAUUGCUCAUAAAUUUAGUUAAAAUUUAAAAAAAAGGUGUUACAAACAAUAAAGCCAAAUGAAGGAGCGUGUUUCAAAUAGGCUUUGACAUCCUGGAGGCUUCGAUAGAAUUUGGCACGAUUGCAGAAAAAAAGUGUGAUACAGUGUGAGUGAAUCGAUCGCUUAUCCGGAUUUACUGUCUAUAUCAUUGUGGAAUGUUGAAUGGCAUCAUAGUUACUGUAAGCUAUUUUAAAUCAAAAAGGGACACAGUGUUCACCGAAUAAAUCCGCUAUAAUCCUGUUAAACGGCAGUUGCUCCAAAUGAGAGUGAUUAUACAGUGACGGGAAACCCAUGUUGUCUGCCUGAUAUUGUCUGUACCAGCCGAUUGGAUAGCGAAAAUUGUGUAUACUGAGUAAUUGAAUGUUUGCAAACGCACUGAUUUUAUGAUUAUUGUGUAUCAAAACAGUGAAUAAUUGGGUGUAUUGGUCAGAUAACUAAAAAAGUCAGUGCGAAUCCAUACUGUGAUUAUGUGAAUCAAUGUCAGAUUGUAAAUAAAUACUCGGUUGCGAGAAAGCAGAAAACUAUGUUACAGUGAAUUAAUGUUAGAAGAACAGUUAAGUAAAAAUCAAAUGUAUCAAACUUCAAAAUACCAAGUGUCUCCAUCGGUACCGGUGUCAUCGUGGUAAGCAGUAAGCUAAAUGAGAAAACUUUUUUCUUUGUUAAACCCUAUUCAAUAAUCUGCCAACCUGAGUGACAGGGUACUUCAAGCGAACCUUCCUGCACAAAAUGCAGAAGUCAGUUAGGACGCACCCUCCAAAGAAAACAAUAAAUGCCAAAGGUCACAGAUUGCAGCUGCAGCAUCAACAAUGAGUGGCGCGGCAAAAGCACGCAGCUGUACUGUCACCCACAACGAUAGCUUUUUCCGUGAAGUUGAACAAACGGUGGGUGGCGGCAAACGCAAGAAAGGAGAAGUACACAUCCAGUGGUGUGAAAUCUGUCCGAAGAAUAUGUCUCGGCACUGGCUCAGUAACUGAAUUGACCCCGCUAGUAGGUAUAACAGGCGUAAUUGGCGCGAGAAAAGCUGUCAGAACCAGUGGAAGCGUUGAAAUAAAGCGUGAAAGGGCCGCUUGGAUGCACCUCGGAGAAUACAGCCAAUCGCUGGGGUAGAAGUGCAACUCUCAUUCCAUCACAACCAGUGAGUCGCUGUUGCAGCUGCAUCAUCCGAAAAUGAAUUCUCAAACAACCCGAGUUGUCACUUUGUUCGUAUUGUUUACUGCGCUGGGCUUGGGCGAAGUCCAGACAGUCAGAACGAGCAGGGCAAACACCGCUGAACCACCGGCCAUCGUUGGAUUUUACACUGACACUGGUUUGAUGAAUCGGACGAUGAUUUAUCCUAAAAUAACAAACUUGCAAAGUCCAUCAUCUGUUGCUGUACACGCUGCGGCGAUGGCAAAACUGCUCCCAGUGUCAUCUCCCAGUGGGACAAUAGGAAACAUAUCAGCUGUCACGUGGAGCCAGCAAAGCCAUAGACUGGCAAAGCGUGAAGUGGCUUACAUGUCACCAUCGACGUUGGAAUUGACCGCGGGCGACUCCAACGUGGGUACGCUGAAUUUUAAUGCUGCAAUUUGUCGCAACGGAAGCAGUUCACAAGCAUUGGACGAAAGUUGCACCCUGGACAAUGGCAGCGUGAGCGCGAAGCCCGCUGGGGAGAAUCAAACCUCCGCACCGUACUACACAAUUAUCAAUCUGGACAAUCACAACGAUGUCCUUUGCGACGAGGAAUACGAGCCCGAAGAGGCGUACAACGAGAACUGUUUCAUCGAUCACAACGUGACCUGCGUUGGGGACCCACUGUACUGCAAUCUGACGUACGAAGAGUACCGGCAACUGCUGCUGGACUACAUUUACCCAUCCACAGCCGAGUGGAUUCUAAUCGCAUCGCAUACGGUUGUUUUCAUAAUGGGACUGGUUGGAAACGCGCUAGUCUGCGUGGCUGUCUAUACGAACCACACGAUGCGAACGGUGACCAACAUCUUCAUCGUCAACCUUGCGGUGGCGGAUUUCUUCGUUAUCCUGUUCUGUCUACCACCUACCGUCGUCUGGGAUGUGACCGAGACAUGGUUCAUGGGCAAAGCCAUGUGCAAGGUCGUAAUCUAUUUUCAGACGGUUUCGGUGACAGUAUCGGUCCUUACGCUGACAUUUAUCUCCAUCGAUCGGUGGUACGCGAUUUGCUUCCCUCUACGCUACAAGCCACGGCCAGAGCGUGCCUGGCGUUUCAUUGCCGUUAUCUGGCUGAUUGGCAUCCUGUCGGACCUUCCGGAGUUUUUGGUGCUGACAACGAGACGGAAAAAGUUGCGCUUCGACAUCAAACUGUUUACCCAAUGCGUAGCCACGUGGGACAAGGAAAUGGAGAAAACGUUCUACAUAGUGAAAUUUGUAUUUUUGUACUCAUUACCACUUUUGUUCAUGACGAUAGCAUAUUUCCAAAUCGUUCGAGUCCUGUGGAGAUCCGAUACCAUUCCAGGACAUCGUGAAUCCCGCAAUCAACCCUGUGGAAUUCACAGCACACGUUCGACGCUGAACUGCGUUGGCAACACCAGCACUAUGGGACAGCUGCGGGCCCGACGGAAAGCCGCCAAAAUGCUGGUGGCCGUGGUCAUCAUGUUUGCCGGAUGCUACUUUCCGGUGCAUAUGCUGAAUGUGGCUAGGUACACAUUCGACAUCAACCAGAGUGACAUCGUCGCAGUCCUCUCGCUGUUCUCGCACUGGCUCUGCUAUGCCAACAGUGCUGUCAAUCCUGUGAUUUAUAAUUUCAUGAGUGGUAAAUUUCGACGAGAGUUCAAAAAUGCACUGGAAAAGUGCCACUGCCUGCGAAAUCCCCGGGGUCUCGGCGGGCGGGUAGGUGGCUACGACGACCGGACGAUGUACCACACGGCAACUCGGAUGAACAUCAGCCCCAGCACCAGAAGCAACUACCAGCUGACCAGUGUAAGAAACAUUAGCAUUAAGCACACCCAGCAAACAUCAUUCAACAACGGAAGCCGGCAUCUGAACCACGCUCGGAACAGCAUAAAUCACGCGGGCAGUUUGACGGCGCCGCAAAUCUCACCGGUUUCGCUGGAGGAACGGCUAGCUCUCACCAAGAACAUGGAUGGCUGUGAUCAGUCCUGUGGAGGACAAAUAACCACGACGGCCACCAUCAACGAUAACGGUGGUGGAACCACGAGUGGAAAUGGUGGGAAUAACCUGUACCAUCACGGCAACGGAAUGGCAAUCGAUAACGCCAACAGCAACAACAACGCCCCGCUAGUGAUCGUGAACAAAUCAUCAAGCAAUUGCAAGAUUAAUGGCACUUGAUCGGCCAAGCUGCAUGUUUCCUGGAAAAAGCAACGACCGGGAAGCGAAACGAACACUGCAGGAAUGCAAUUGAAUUAAUGGCUGUUAGCGGUCGUUCCGGCUGGGAUUAAUUAAACGAGAAGAUUGACGGACUUACACUGAAAUCCACGGCAUGAGUGCUGAUACUCGGUUUGAAUUGAUUGUACAGUUCAAUAGACAGACCUUUCCAGGUGUUUUUUUUUUAAUUUACUCUGUUUGGUUUUUUUCUCUACUUUACCUUUCCAUUGAGCUGAAAAUCCUGCGCAACUUUUUUACACUAUAUGAGAAUGAGUCUCAACAAAGAAACAAAAAUAAAAAAUAGAAAAAAUAAAGAGUAAAUAAAGAAUAAAAAUUAACACCUCCUCAAAUGAUCCAGAUGAAUUAACCGGGGUUACCCGACAAAUAUUAGUCAGCUUGAUUAUGUAAACAUCUUUUCAGUAUCAAAAACUUACGUUGUGUAUGAUAAAUUCCCAAUACAAACUUAUCACCAUACAUUAAUUUUUAAUUAUAUUAGCCAGUCAAUUAAACAUCGCUAAUGAGCUAACUAGCUAUGUAUUAUUGCAUACCUUCAGUGUAACAAGCAAAAGAAAAACAGAGACGUGAAAUUUCAAAAAUUAUUUCACGUGACUCAAUAGAGAAAGCACCACAAAUUCCUUAUAACUGUCUUCUGCAAGAUGGUAUUAUUACGUCUCCUUAGUGGGCGAACUGAACAGGCACCUGAAGAAUGGGAAAUAAUACCCAUUCAUAGUCCCACCAGGGAGAAUAACUGUGAAUUCAAACGCAAGUAAAACCUAAAAAAUAAUGCAUCCGGUGUUGACCUGCAGAAUAAAAAGUAGAGCUAAGAAGUGAACAAAAAUCUCAGGAAAAUGUUUCCAUUUUCCAUCACGGUUGAAUCACUAGACUAAAAAGAAGCCAACUGCUGCUCGCAAACUAUGUAACAUUUUGUACAACUGAAUAAACACACAUAAAAAGCAGCUGUAAAUAGUGUACAGAUAUUUUUCUCUCUCACGUCACAAAUAUGUUAGAAGAAAGUAAAAAAAAAGAAGGAUUAGCGUAAGAAUUCUGCUUCCACAUUUCUCCCUCCAGAAUCAGAGUACUAUAGUAGAUUGUAAUACUUCUACAAUACGUAUGUGUACAUUUUACCAAGCGCAAACGCCUCCUCGAAGCGAAAACACCACCACAGUCUGUAAAUAUCAGUGUGUCGAACGUGUAGGGUACGCUAGCUAUUCGAAAUUCUAUAAACUGUAACAAGCAAGUAAAAAGCUAAUGAGAAAAUGAUGAGCUUUACCGACAAAAAAAAAACAUUGUAUGUGUAUUGAAUGACUUGAUCACACGAACAAAGAGAACCAACUUGUUACAAUUAUGUUGAAGAUUUAUUCGAUCGUUGUGUGAAGAAGAAAAUCAGUUACGACGUUGAACUGAAGCAAAUUGAAUUCAAAUUCAUAUUUACAGCGAAUUGAAAUAUUUUCUCUCAAAUAUAGUAAGACAAAUAUACUUUUUGUGACACUUCUAUGAUCUGUUUAUUAAAUAUCAAUUUGUGAAAAA